AAUUAGUUUUUUUGUCUUUCUUUUAAAUAAUGUGAUAUUUUAAUGUGUCAUAAAACACUACAAACCUCUUUACAAAUAUUUCAUAUACAACACCCCAUUUACAGCUUUACAGUUUCUUAUUUUGGUUUAUGUGAGUUUCAAGACUUGCACAAAGGAUGCAAUUCAUGCCCGUUUCAGCAAUCAGAAAUGUACUGGUUCAGUGUAGCACUUUUUUUUUCCCCUGAAACAACAGCUACCAAAAAAAGAAGGAAAAAAAUCACUCCACUUGCGGAAGUUAACACCAGCUGAAAUCCUAACUUCAGCUUGCAGUGAGAUUUUGGCUGUGUCCCAGAUCUGAGCUUUGUUAGCAAAUAAGGUAACUAAUGUGCGUUAGCACUUGCAUAAAUAGACUUUUUUUUUUUUUUUUAAACUAAUUGGCAACAGUUUGCUCAAUUUGUAACUUUUUUCUUAAUUAGGUAGUGAACUGAAUGGAUUGGGCUCAGAAGUAUUUGGGUAUUUGGUUUGGUAGAUUUUUAACCUGGUUGUGUCUUCCAGGAUCGAACCGUGGGUGUUAAACCACGACGCCCCUUUAGGAUGCCUUUAAGGUGGUAUAGCCUCUGAGCUCAACGCUGUGGCGGCCCUUUGUAAAGCUUGAAGUUUGUGUACUGCUGCAUGAACAAGUAAUGAUUAACUGCAUCACUAAAUUACUUAAAGUCAGGUAGUCGCCCCCGCCCGCACACACCCACCAAAAUCACUCGUGCAGUAUCAGUGAAAUCUAACUUUCUAGCUAUGCAUCGUCUGUGCUGUUUGAAUCGGCACUGUAGUAAACAGCACCUGUUCUCUUUUUAAAUAAAUACAUUAAUAAUUAAUGAGAAGAACGACAAUAAUAAUAACAAUAACAAAGUUAACUGAAAAAAUAUGUGAAGCUCUAUCUUUUUAGUCAACACUUUUUAGAGGAUAUUUCCUAAAUGCUCACCCAAAGCCUGACGCCCAAAAAAUAAAAACAUAAAGAACACUUUAAUACAUGGAGGAAGAGCAUUAAAUUUUUGGAUUACUUCCAGCCGUCCUGGCAGCAUACGUCUGACAGACAGAGACAGGAAUGGUUUACAUUUGUUUGUUUAAAAAAAAAAAAAUGAAAACGAGGACUCGCGGGGCUUAAGGAGAAUGUGGCUUCUGAUUGGCUAGAAGCUUAAGGGACAAAGUCCCUCUUCCAGGUGUCUCUUGAGUUGCGCGCUCACCUUGUCUUCAGUUGCACGCGGAGCAGGAUAUGAGAGACGACCGUGCACGGACAGAUUGAAACAACAGGGUGUGUCACUAACUGUGGAUAAGUAGGGCACUAAGAUGCCCAUAAAUGAUACCUGGCCAGGUGACACCGGAAUGGAGACAAUGAAUGGCAUGGAGAGUGCUGGCAGCUGUGACAGUGUGGUCAGUGUUAAUUCUGGCUUUAGUGAUGAUAGUCUGGAGCACUUGUCUGCUGAGGAGAGGGCCUGUCUCAUGUUUCUGGAGGAGACUAUUGAGUCUUUGGAUACUGAGGAGGACAGCGGAGUCUCCAAUGACGAGCCUGAACAACUGCCCAGCUCCAGCAACCUUGCUACUAAAGUGGCUAAUCUGUCAGCCUCCAUGAGCAAAAGCAACCUUGAUGAUUCACAGACAUCAACCAAUCGCCAGAAACCAAUCAACAAAAAUUUUGAUGCCAGGCCCAUGCACAGCUACCUGGUUCCCACCCCUCUUCUUGUUGCAAGCAGUGCUCCCUGUUCUGUACUCGGUACUAAACCAGGCACUCCUGCAGUCAAAACCGCCUCCUCUAAGCCUCAGUUUACAUCUAAAAACAACAAACCAGGAUACAAAGACAACCAGAAAGCAGUUGUUCGCCCAACAUCUUCAGAGGCUAAUGUUAUGCCUCCUUCCACAAAACCCACAGCGAGGACAGCUGAGGGUCCUUUACCUAGAGGACCUCUCUCCACGACGCACUUUGUCAAGAAUGCAGCUGAUCCCCAGGUGGUGAGAGUGGAAGCUUUGCAGAAGCUGGGCCUCCUGAAAGGCCAAGAGGCAGAAAAUGAUAAAGGAACCCCACUGCCUCCACCCAAACCUAACUCCUCCUUGGGUGUAACACCUGACAAGUUUACAAGAGGUCCAGCUAAUAGUAAUCCAUCAAGGAGCCAAUCAUUUUGUAACUUUCAAGUGCCAAAAGAGUCCAAUAACAGACCUCAGCAGACCACUGCCAAUUUGCGUCAGUACACCAAACGUGACCAGCGGCCUGUGUCAUCACAUCCUGCUCAAUCCAAUGGAAAGAGGACAGCUAAUUUGGAGCAGUCUGCCACCCUGGACAACCGUAGAAGUAGUGGAAACACCUCUCAACCGCAAAGCAUGAAAUCAGCCAAACCAGUGACAACCACCAGGACCACCACAACAGCUCCCCCAGUACCCCAGAAAACCUCAAACUCAGUAGGCUACAAAGUGAUGGUGGUGCCUGGGAUGGGAGGUGAUCGAAAAGAGGCUCUCAAAAAGCUUGGACUGCUAAAAGACUGA